AUGUCUGAGCCUCCCGCGGCAAGCGGCUCUCUGGCAGACCGCAUCUCCAAACCAGAUGCUCAAUCUGGUCCCUUAUGGACUGAUGAGGCUACUUCUCCCGCCGCCGGGAAGACUAAUGCCAUGGCAAAUACCGAUGGAAAGAAAUCUGCCGAUUCAACAGAACCAGCCUCCCAGGUGGAUGGAGCUACAGAGCCCUUUGGCGGAUCCGAGUUACAAGAGCCGGCAUAUGAUGUCGAAAUCAAGUUGGCAGAUAUGCAAGCCGACCCAAACAAUCCUCUGUACUCAGCCACCUCAUUCGAGCAACUGGGACUAGACGAAAACAUCCUCAAAGGUGUCAUGAGCAUGAACUUCCGAAGACCGUCCAAAGUCCAAGAGAAGACCCUGCCACUCCUCUUGAUGAACCCUCCUCAAAAUCUCAUCGGUCAAUCUCAAUCUGGAACGGGAAAGACGGCCGCAUUUGUCCUGAAUAUCCUGCACCGUGUUGACCUCAGCACGGAGGAAAUGCAAAAGACACCGCAGGCACUUGUUCUGGCUCCCAGCCGAGAGCUUGCUCGACAGAUUGUGGGUGUUGUCAAGGUCAUGGGAUCCUUCGUGCCAGGACUCAUUACUGAAGCCGCUGUUCCUCAAGAUGCAGCCGCUCGAAGCAAAAAGAUUGAAGCUUCCGUGGUGGUGGGAACUCCUGGCACUGUCAUGGAUAUGAUUCGUAAGAGAGUCCUGGAUGCGAGACAGCUCAAGGUCCUUGUUCUGGAUGAGGCAGACAACAUGCUCGACCAACAGGGUCUGGGUGAUCAAUGCAUUCGUGUCAAGUCUAUGCUCCCCAAGAAUAUUCAAAUCAUUCUCUUUUCCGCCACCUUCCCAGACUAUGUCAUCAAAUACGCCCAGCAAUUUGCUCCCGACGCCAAUCAGAUGACCCUCCAACAUCAAGAUCUGACCGUCGAAGGCAUCAAACAAAUCUAUCUCGAUUGUGACAGUGAUCAAACCAAGUACGAUGUCUUGGUGAAGCUCUACGGACUAUUGACCAUCGGCUCUUCGAUCAUCUUCGUCAAGACUCGAGAAACGGCCGCCGCCAUUGAACAACGCAUGACUGCAGAAGGACACAAAGUGGUGUCGUUGACCGGAGGUUAUGAAGGAGCACAGCGAGAUGUCAUCAUUGACGCUUUCCGCACGGGUCAUGCCAAAGUUCUCAUCACCACAAACGUCCUGUCUCGUGGGAUUGACGUUCAAUCGGUGUCGAUGGUGGUCAACUACGAUGUUCCGGACAAGUUUGUCGGGGGCGGCAAAUACGUCGCAGACCCACAAACAUAUCUCCAUCGUAUUGGACGAACGGGACGAUUCGGACGUGUCGGCGUGGCUGUCACAUUCAUCAGCAAUCGACAAGAUUGGGAGAAAUUGAUGGAAAUUCAGAGAUAUUUCGGGACUGAGAUGACCAAGGUGGCAACGGAUGAUUGGGAUGAUUUGGAGGAUCAAGUCACAAAGAUCAUCAAGAGUUCACGAGCCGGAACGAAUUUCAAGGAUGGUGCGAACAUGGCGAUGCAGAUGUAG